UGCUCUGUGGUUGGGGUUUGGGCGCGGACGAUGUGUUAAAAAUGUCAGUGUUAUUGCCAGUGAGUUGUCAAGCAGUUAUGCCAGUAGACGGAAUAAACUGCGAUAAUCCAGUGCGGUGUGUUGGUGGAUUUAAAAUGGCGUCAUUGCGAACCCGCGCAGUCAAAAACGCUGCUAUAAGUGACUGUCAUUGUUUUUGCUGAGACUAAAAUGGUGGACACGGCUGCACAGUCGCUGCAAGCGAGCUAACCUGACGCUGGGUUCGUCUUUCGGUCGAGUUUGAGAGAACCGUGAGACAUGAAACCCGGGGACGUCGGGUGGCUUUCGGAGUGUUUUAAAGAAUAAGUCUCAUCUACCUGUGAACCUGUUCGCAACUAGACAACAUUGAAGCACCUGCAUUCAGUGCUAACAUGCUAGAAAACAGCUGAAACCAUGUUAACAUGGAAAAGUAAUGAAGCGCAAGCAUGUCUGUAACCUCACAUGUACUGUGUAUGAGUCUUUUAAUAUUGUAUAAGUAAAAACAGAUUCAAACACAGUCUAAAGUUUGCUUCAUACAGUACACUGCCAUUUUACAAGAUAACUGCUGGUCUGUCAUAAUAAUUUUAUUGAAACUCUACUUCUAUAUACUAUAUAUACUCAGCAAAAAAAGAAACGUCCCUUUUUCAGGACUGUAUUUCAACAAUAAUGCAAAAAUCCAAAUAACUUUACAGAUCUUCAUUGUAAAGGGUUUAAACAAUGUUUUCCAUGCAUGUUCAAUUAACCAUAAUCAAUUAAUUAACAUGCACCUGUGGAAUGGUCAUUAAGACCUUAACAGCUUACAGAAAGAAGGCAUUUAAGGUCACAGUUCUAAAAAACGCAGGACACUAAAGAGACUUGUCUACCGACUGUGAAAAACCCCCAAAGAAAGAUGCCCAGGGUCCCUGCUCAUCUGCGUGAACAUGCAUUAGGCAUGCUGCACGGAGGCAUGAGGACUGCUGAUGUGGCUAGGGCGAUAAAUUGCCAUGUCCGCACUGUGAGACGCCUAAGACGGCGCUACAGGGAGACAGGAAGGACAGCUGAUCAUCCUCGCAGUGGAAGACCACGUGUAACAACACCUGCACAUUAUCGGUACAUCCGAAUAUCACACCUGCAUGACAGGUACAGGAUGGCCACAACAACUGCCCGAGUCACACCAGGAACACACAAUCCCUCCAUCAGUGCUCAGACUGUCCGCAAUAGGCUGAGAGAGGCUGGAGGAGAUGCACUGCAGUACUUCAAGCAGCUGGUGGCCACACCAGAUACUGACUGGGAUAAGCAUGGGUGUGGACAGCGUGACCCGGGCACACAGCAAUCUGGCACUGCCCCUCUUCUAAUCACAGCGGCGGGUUCUGGUGAGGGUCUUCGACUCGCCAUGACUAUGCGAGCCACCGUGUUCAAAAGUGGAGGAAACAAGCUGGACACGGACACCGGUGACCAAGCUAAAAGACAAGAAUCUCAUCCCGGCUCGAAGAAGGAGACUGCUGAGUGUUUUGUGCGAGUCCCUGGCAUCCUGAGCAACAAUUACAAUAGCGCAGGGCAGCAUUUCUAUAGCAAGCUUAAAACUCAUUCAACCAGCCAGAGCACCUCUGGCAGACCUGUUCUGUCGCCAGCGGUAAGGCGGGGACAGGAGGAGAACUGGGUGAACCUGGGGGCUUUGACUUUUCCGCUGAUCAAGCAGAUGGGGGCUGAGGGUACCCCGGUCAAAAGCAAGUCACUGUUCGGACACAUCAGUCAUAACCACGUAGGCAAGAUGGAUCCAGUGGCAACGAAUGGCAGCAAGCAGCCUAGGAAAGCAGUGCCAGGAGGAGGACUGGCAGUGGCGGGGGUCCCCUCGCCCGAACAUGGUCCUGACGGAAAACGGCGGAACGCGGUGAAGGCCAUGGGGCAUGCUGCAACCCAGACCGGCUGCAUCCGUCAGAUCCUGCUGCUGCAGCUAGAACUGAUAGAGCAACAACAGCAACAAUUGCAGAACAAGAACAAGGAGAUUGAUGACCUCAAAGCUGAAAAGGAGAUGUUGGCGGCACGGAUCGAACGCAUGGAGCGGCGGUUACAGAUGGUGAGGAAAGAUGGAGUGGAGACACGUCCCACUUCCACUCCUCGCCGAAGGGACUCCUUAGAAUCUGUCCCAUCAGAAGACCCUGGACAACCUGAGGAUCAGAGUCAUACACCGCGACACCCGACUUCUGAAAGAACUGGCAGGAAUCUGAAACGGAGAUUCCUUUUUCAAGAAUCCAGGAUGUCAAGGUCCAGACGUGGGCAUCCAAAAGCGUCCCCUUCAAAAGAGGGCCAAGCUUUGGAGGAGGAGUCUCGGGAGGAGUUGGAGCCUGAGGAAAGCCCCCCUGGUUCCACCCUUGUUGAAUCAGAAGAGCUGCCUUACAUGGCUACCACUGAGAUGUAUCUGUGCUGCUGGCAUCAGCCUCCACCUUCACCAUGGCGAGAUCAGUCUCCUGUACAGGAUGACACAGUUUCUGUCCCUUCCUGGCAAGAGAGCAUUGUGGACCCUCUGGAGGAAAAAAAAGCAAUUGAUCUUAUUGAGAGUUUGGAUGACGCCGUCUUUCUAAAGCGUCAUUCAAAACUGGAACUGGAUGAGAAGAGACGAAAAAGGUGGGAUAUUCAACGCAUUCGGGAGCAGCGAAUGUUCCAGCGCCUUCAGCAGAGAAUGAACAGGCAGAAGGUGAUUCAGGAGAGCGAGCCAGAGUUGCUCUCCUUCUACCCUGAACCUGAUGAUGUGGAGUCUGUAAUGAUCACGCCGUUCCUGCCAGUGGUGGCGUUUGGCAGGCCUCUACCUAACCUUAAACAGCAGAAUUUUGAAAUACCAUGGUUAGAUGAGCGUAGCCGUAGCCGACAAGAAGUGUCAAAGAAGAAGACACCCCAUCGGACGUGUCGCAAAUGAAGCAGACCUCCUUGAAUGAUUAAAUGUUGUGUAGAAGAGCCUGAAUCAGUUGGACUGUCCUGUGGUGUAUUCUGUGUGCUAUAGGAUGAACUUCGCACAACAUCCUACAUACAUUAUUGCCCUGAAGGCACCUUCAGUCUUCAAAGGAUUGCUCCUUAUAGAAGCCCAUUUGGCACCCUAAAUGGCACACCAGCUGCAAGAUGGAUGAAAGCCAAGCUUUCAGAAAUUCAUGUUCAUUGUUGCACUGCAAAAUGUGACGUUGCUGUGUUCUGGUUACUUUGCUAUUGUCUUAUACAGGUUCGCUUUUAAACAUGCAAAACGGACCAAAACCCGCAUCAUAAUGAAUGCAGUUCAACAGAAAAUGUUGUUUUUCAGUGUUUUUGCAUUUCUGUUCUUUGUGAAAGAGUGACUUCUAAGAUAAUAUAGUGUAACAACUUGUAACAUAGUGUCAAUUCUGCAAAUAAAUGAAAGAUAUUCUAACGCACAUAAAGAAAAUAUUUCAAGUAUUAAAAUAUCUUAAAAAUUCA